GUUAAAGAUCACCGAAUAAUUAUUAAAACAAUCAUGUCAGAAAAUGUUGGUUAAAUUUUAAGAAUGUGGUGUUAUAUUAGCGGUUUAAUUUAUAAGUGAAUAAAAAAGAAAACAAUCUGUGCCACAGUUGAUUAAAUUUAUGAAUAAUAAUGACCUCAAAUACAUCCAGUGAGUUACUAUGUCUUUCUGAAGAUAUGAACGAUAUGCUUUCCUAUAUGGGACAAUAUGGAAGUGGAGAAAUAUUCAUAUCAAAGGAGUUUUGGCAGGAAGGAAUAGCAGUAAUAAAUAUCAGUAAUCCAGAAAAACGAAAUGCCAUAAGUGGUAAAAUGCUGGUAGACUUCCACUCCUGUAUAUCCGAACUAGAACACUGGCCAAAAGGCAAAGCAGUCAUACUACAAGGUCUUCAUACAAAUUUCUGUUCGGGUUGUGAUCUGGACUUUGCCAGGACCUGUAAUACACCAAAAGAUGCUUUCUAUCUCAGUUACUUAAUGGGUAAUAUCUUGGAGAGGUUAACCAAGCUUCCCCUCAUCAGCGUUGCUCUUCUUCAUGGGCCUGCAUUGGGUGGUGGGGGUGAAAUCGCUUUGGCUUGUGACCAUUUGGUUGUGGCCGAAGAUGUGAAGUUUGGAUUGGUCCAAGGGAAGAUGGGUAUUAUAACGGUGUGGGGAGGAACAACUAGACUAGUAAACAAAAUAGGACAACAAAAAGCCCUUCAUCUGCUCCUAUCAGCCAGAAUACUCAACGCCAAAGAAUGCAUCGAUAUAGGACUAGCUAUCAAAUCUGUCAAAUCCGAAGACAGAUUUGACGAAGUUCUACGUUGGACAAGAGAACACACCCAUCUUGAUGUUUCAGUGGUGCGAGCUUACAAAAAGGCAUCAGUUUUGAAUUUGGAAAAUAUUGACAGUUUAUUGGUUAAAGAAAGAAAGUUAGGUGUACCGCUUUGGGGCGGUCCAGUUAAUAAAGAGGCACUUGAGAGACGUAUAAAGCAUAUUCCUAAUAAAAGCUAAAAGUUUUUUUGUAUAGAAGUUUUUAAAAUAUUAAUCUUAAGAAAACUUUACAUAACACUCUAAAAGCUAUUACUUGUACUUGUAAAUACUAUUUAUUUGAAGAUUUUCUAUGUAGAAAGUGCCUCUAAUAAAAAUCUUUUUAAAAAAAUGCAAUAUUUGCAAGAGUCGAUGAUUAGUGAGCACAGGUAAUUUGUAUUUUCAUCUGUUGGAAUCUUCCCUCACUCGUUGGAUACUAUACUACUAUACCAUUGUCCAACUAUGCUUAUACAACUACGAAAUAAUUACACACCCUCAGAAAUUUCACAAACGAAAACAGCAGUGGGAUUCUGUAAGCUCCGUAGCAAGAAAUUUCCUGUCUAGCCUAUGAUAUUUGUAUACGAUUGAUGAGUCACUAGACAAGAGAAGUGUUUACAGAAUCGGGCCUCAGAAUUUUUAGCAAGUUAUGAGUUGCUAGAUAAACUCAAGUUAGGGCACGAAACACGUUUUUUUGACAAUAUGUGGCCAAGCUUUCCAGUAAUAGCCGGAGAGCUGGCGACAUAUUAUUUAGAGAACAUAUUUUAGGCAAGUUAAAAUAACAAAUUAAAGUUUAUUAGCUAUAGUGAACUCAGAACCCUAAGUCGGGCAGGGGGUUUGCGGUUAUUUUGCUACUGCUCCACACAUUACAUUUGCAACAAAGUAAAUCCAAAAAAUAUCUUUUUUGGCAACUUGAAAUUUGUUUAUUCUUAAAUUUUAGCAUCUAUUUAACCCAGAAAUAAGUAUACUAGACUUUUAUUUCGAUUUUAAAGUGUAACCCGACCGAUAUGUUUAAUUAUUAUACCUGGAAAAUAUACUUUAGGCAUUCUAAAAUGUUUACAGCGUGUUUAUUAGGUAAUACUAAAAGAUAUGUGUUAAUUGCCAGACGAAACUUGUAUUUAUCUAUAAUUUAGAUUAGUAAACGUUAUUUUUGACAAUUU